UAUUUUAUUUUGCUUGACUUUGGCAUUUUCCUUUUUCCCUUUCCCUUUUUUCCCUCUUAGAAAAUUGAAAAUUCAGAUUUAAAAGAUUCUAAUUUCUUGAACCAAAGCAAUCUUUUUCACUUUUUGAUUCAAUUAGCGAAUAAAAGAAAACCCUAACGGACCUUCCAUUUUCAAAGCUCUCACCAAAUCAGGAACUCAAAGAUUACAUUAAGGGAUUGCUGUAUUUGGUGGGAGUGGUAGAACAUCGAUUCCGGGUUUUCAGAACUGAUGGAUACGGAUAGAGAGAGACACAGCGCCAGAGAAACAGCUUUUUAUCUGUUUACUCAGCAAAGUCUUCCGGCUUGCAAACCUGUCUUAACACCAGGAUGGGUUAUAGCAAUAUUUUUGUUUAUGGGUGUCAUUUUCAUUCCUGUUGGCCUGGUCACUCUGCGUGCUUCUCAUUGUGUUGUUGAAAUUGUGGACCGAUAUGAUAUUGAUUGUGUACCUGAGUCAUCUAGAAUGGAUAAAGUUUCAUAUAUCCGAGAUGACUCAAUUCCCAAGAAUUGUUCUCGUUUCAUGAAGGUGCACAAGUACAUGAAAGCUCCAAUUUACAUUUACUAUCAACUCGAUAAUUAUUAUCAGAACCAUCGAAGGUAUGUCAAAAGCAGAAGCGAUAAGCAACUCUUGGAUGGCCAGAAGUAUCAUGACACAAGUUCUUGUCAACCUGUGGAGUCGAAUAACAAUAGGCCUAUUGUUCCUUGCGGAUUGAUAGCAUGGAGUUUAUUUAAUGAUACAUUUGAAUUUAUUCGUGAGGGAGCAGAACUCAAAGUGAACAGGAAAAACAUUGCGUGGAAGAGUGAUAGGGGCCACAAAUUCGGAAAGAAUGUAUAUCCUUUCAAUUUCCAAAAUGGAACCUUGAUUGGUGGUGGAAAACUGAAUCCGGAAAUUCCUCUAAGCGACCAGGAAGAUCUUAUUGUAUGGAUGCGUACAUCUGCUCUCCCUAGCUUCCGGAAAUUGUACGGGAGAAUCGAAGAAGAUUUGGAUGUUGAUGAUGUCGUAGUAGUCAAUCUUACAAACAACUACAACACUUAUAGUUUCGGUGGUAAAAAGAAGCUCGUCCUUUCAACGUCAAGCUGGUUAGGAGGAAAGAACGACUUUCUUGGCCAUGCUUGUGUCUUUGUCGGAUGUUCUUCUCUUACGCUUGCUAUCAUCUUCAUGUUGCUACAUGUAAAAUAUCGAAGGUAAAAAUUUCAAGAGGCCUUAUGGAGACACGAGUUAUUUACCUUGGAACAGGAAAAGCUUUUCAGGGUGAUUCAGACAAGAUCGACAUACAUUCGAGCUUUCUCAUUGGUGAGUGAUUUUUAUAUCAUAAUCCGGAAAAAAGCACAUUUAGCUAUUCCGUUUCGGAAUUACGAAAAAACGAGAAGAGAAAAAUCGAGUGGCAUCACUAGCUGGGUUAUAUAUACAUUGUUUAUAGUUGAACCAGAGAAAAUAUCAUCAGGCAAUCCCUUUGUAGGUAAUAUUAAUAUAAUUCAUGUUUUUCUUUUUUCUUUUUUGUCUCAUUUGUGUAAAUAUUAAUAUAAUUCAUGUUUUAAACUUAUUAUAUUAAUAUAUCGUGUCCUAUUUAUUACAUUAUUUUCAUGUUUUUGUGAUAUUUGUAUCAUAUCGUAUUCAAAACUUUUAUUCAAAUCGGAUUAGACCAGUUAGUUGAA